AUGUCUAAUAGUCUCAUAAGUAAAAGAUAUUCUUUGCGCCCCAAGGAGGGAAGCCAACCAAACCAACAGGCAAAAUGUCAUCAAACAGAUAAAAUCAGUUUUGGCUUCCGACAUGACUUUGCGAAAUUGGAAAGCAGAGGAAAGUUGGUUAAUAGAGAAGCCGGAAAGAGUGAUUUCAGUUGGGAAUUGCGUGAUUGGGAGCAAUAA